GGAAAGAACCUAACCUAAAAGUUUGUUUUGAUUUUAAAGUUUAUUGCCGAAUUUUCUCCCAAACUUAAUGUGUCUAAAUGAGACAGUUUUUAAGACUCAUAAGCCUAAAAAGGCAACUUUUUUCAUUUAAUAAUGUAAUUCUUUUUAGUACGCAACCCUACCUUAAACAGAUCACUCGCCCUGCUUUGCGUAAACAAAUCACAACUAAGAACAAAAUUGAUCCCUAUGGAUGGUUUAUGUUGAUUAUCCCAGCAGCUUCAUUUGGCUUAGGAAUCUGGCAAAUUCAACGUAAACAAUGGAAGGAAAACUUAAUAGUGAUGAUGCAAGAAAGAAUGAAAGGGGAAGCAGUCGAAUUACCUGAUAGUCUGGAAGAGUUGAAAGGAAUGGAAUACCAAAAAGUGCAUGUAAGGGGCACAUUUUUACAUGACAAGGAAGUCUUUAUAGGGCCAAGGUCUUUGAUCGAUGAUGGUUUACCUGAAAGCCACAAGUUGCCUAAUAGUAGAAAUGUGAAUUCUAGCAGGGGUUAUUUGGUGGUUACCCCAUUUAAACUUGCUGACCGAGAUGCAACUAUAUUGGUUAAUAGGGGUUGGGUAUCACAGGAUAAAAAACCUCCAUCUUCUAGAACCGAAGGACAAUUGAAUGGAGUGAUUGAUCUGUAUGGCAUUGUAAGACUUGGUGAACAAAAACCCAGUUUUGCCAUAAAACAUAGUAAAGAGUCUAACUUUCUUUCAAGGGAUUUAGAAGCAAUUUGUGAAGCAACAGGAGCAUCUCCAGUUUUUAUCGAUCAAACGUUAGAUGAUAAUGUUGUAUACCCUAUAGGGGGGCAGACCAGAGUUCAGUUAAGAAAUGAGCACUUGUCUUAUAUACUUACUUGGUUUUCUUUAGGCGGAGCUACCGCUUACAUGUGGUUUAAAAGAUUUGUUUUAAAGUAGAAUUAAUUUCAUUUUUACUUGUAAAUAGACAUGUUUCUAGAGGUU